AUGCAUCCGUUCAUUUACAUCAACGGCUAUCCCGGAGUGGGUAAGCUCACUGUGGCCAAGGAGCUCUGCAAACUCCUCCCCAGAGCGAAACUUGUCAGCAAUCACCUCCUCAUCGACCCCGUCGCAGCUAUAUUUGAAAGGACUGCAGAGGAGUACCGGCCCCUUCGACAGCUCUUGCGCAGACAAGUCUUGAAAUCUAUUGCUACCUCCACUUCGACGCGAGAUGUUACCUGGGUCUUUACAGAUCAACAGUCUUCAAGCGCGCUCGGAAGCUCAGCCUCCAGGGACUACCAAGAAGCCGCGGCCGUACGGGCCUCGCCAUUUAUCUUGAUAAUCCUACAUUGCGAACUAAACGAGAACAUGAAGAGGGUCGCGGGCGGGGACAGAGGCAACGAUUCUAACACCAAGCUCACAGACCAGGGCAUCUUGCGGAGUAUCAGAGAAAGGGAGGACAUAUUCCAGUUCCAUGACGAAUAUGAACUGGUGUUGGAGGUCACAAACAUGUCUCCUGGUGAGGCUGCUACUAAAAUCUACGAGCACAUUGGAAAGGUACUCCAAAAAUAA